AUGUCGAAGCCUGACGAUCUUCCCGCCAUGGAGUACCGCUUCCUGGGCCGCUCUGGUCUCCAGGUUAGCGCCAUCAGUCUGGGUGGAUGGUUGACCUAUGGUGGCCAUGUCGACAAGGAGGGCACCUUCAAGUGCAUGAAGGCCGCCUAUGACUGCGGUGUCAACUUUUUCGACACGGCCGAGGGCUAUGCCGAGGGCGAGAGCGAGAAGGUCAUGGGUGAAGCCAUCAAGAAGUACGGCUGGAAGAGGAACGACCUCGUCAUCUCUACCAAGAUCUACUGGGGUGGUGCGUUUGGCGACAAUGUCGUGAACAACAAGGGCCUCUCCCGCAAGCACAUUAUCGAGGGUCUCGACGCCUCUCUGGCGAGGCUCGACCUUCCCUACGUCGACCUCGUCUACGCCCACCGUCCCGACCGUCACACGCCCAUGGAAGAGACGGUGCGCGCCUUCAACCACGUCAUCAACGAAGGCAAGGCCCUCUACUGGGGCACCUCGGAGUGGUCGGCCGACGAGAUCGCCCAGGCCUGGCGCUACGCUGACAAGCUCAAUCUCAUCGGCCCCGUCAUGGAGCAGCCGGCCUACAACGCGCUCGACCGCAAGAAGGUCGAGCUCGACUUUGUGCACCUCUACCGCGAGGUCGGCCUCGGCCUCACCGUCUUCUCCCCGAUGCGCCAGGGCAUCCUCUCGGGCAAGUACAAGAACGGUAUCCCCGACGACUCGCGCUUCGCGCAAAAGGACGUCGGCUUCAUCGGCGACUACUGGAAAAAGGAGAACGCAAAGGCCGAGUUCCAGGCCCUCGUCGACAAGGCCAACGGCCUCGCGCCCAUUGCCGAGCGCCUCGGCAUCAAGCAGAGCACCCUCGCCCUCGCCUGGGUGCUCAAGAACCCCAACGUCAGCUCGGCCAUUAUUGGCGCCAGCGGCGCCGAGCAGGUCUACGAGAACAUUCGCGCCAUCAGCGCGCAAGAGAAGCUGACGCCCGAGGUCCUGGAGGAGAUGGAGAAGGUGCUGCAGAACAAGCCAGCCGCCAUCACGCCGCGGUUCUGA